UAAGUGGUGGGACUGCUUGUUGAACAGAGACAGCCUGAACUUUUUUACUUUCAGUUUAAAGAAUAAGAAACAUUCUGUGCAGUAGAUAGGCUUUCCGGGAAUUCAUGUGAAUGACAGCAGGAAUUGCUCCAGAAUAUUCCAAACUUAAUUUACUCCGUUCUUUUCUGCACGUUAUUGAGAGCUGAGAGACGUGUGUGUGCUUUUUUUCCCCAGCAGUUUUACAAGCUGAAGUUCUCAAAUUCAAGCACAUAAUAUUAGAUUUUCUGAGUGGAAAAACGUGCAGUUUGUGAACUUUUGCCUAGUAAAGCAUUGCAGAGGCUGGCUUCUGUCGGGGUGAAUGUGUUCCUGUUGCCUUGGACUUUUAAAGAGUGAAAACUGAAUUUGAGACGUGAAGAGAGUUUGGGACUUUCUGAACUGAAGCUACAUUUGGAGGAGAGGGCAUUUCGGUUUGAAAAGGAUUUCAAAGGGAAAGGAAGAGCAUAGCAUCAGAGGUUUCCAAUGUCAAACCCCAACCAUACCAGUACUACUCAGAAUACAUAUGUCUAUGAUGAUCCUGACUAUAUCUAUGAGGAUACAUCUUCUACCUAUGAUCAUGGCAAAGCUGUCAACAAUAGUGACCAAAUUCCAGUACUGGAAAACCGAUUCAAAUAUCUGUUUAUUGGGUCAUACUCUGUCAUUUUCCUUCUUGGCGUCACACUGAACGGGUUGGUCAUCUUCAUGGUGAGUUGCAAGAUGAAGAAGACACCCAGUUCUAUUUGGUUCCUCUGCUUGGCUGUCACUGACUUCCUAUUCUGUCUUUUUCUGCCCUUCACUAUCGUCUAUGCAUUUUAUGACUUUGACUGGUUAUUCGGACUGUUUCUGUGCAAGAUGAAUUCCUUCAUAAUGUUCUUCAACAUGUUCUCCAGUGCCUUCUUGUUGGCUAUCAUCAGAAUUGACCACUGUAUUUACACCUGCUUCACCUGUGCUCAGAAUUGCUGCACCGCAAACGUAGCUGUAAAUGUGGCCUUGGUUACCUGGUUUGGCUCUGCAAUCUUAAGCAUUCCAUCACUCGUGAUCCGCAAUACCUCUGUGGAGGACGGGAAAACAAUUUGCUUUGACAGCUACGACAUCUUCAACAAUACAGCUGGGAGAACGAAUCACCAGGUCGUGCUCGCAAGCAGGAUUCUCUGCGGUAUAGCGAUUCCCUAUUUAGUUAUAUGCAUCGUUUCAUGUUUUAAAAGGAGCCGCUCCAAGGCGUAUAAAAUCACCCGCGUCAUCAUUUUUGCUUAUUUUAUCUGCUGGGUGCCCUACCAUGUGCUCAUGACCCUAGCGUUAUACCCCGAGCAGUUCAAUAAAGAAGUAUUUCUUAUUGGGAUGCCCAUAGUCAACGUGCUUGCUGCUGCAAAUAGUUGCAUGAAUCCUGUGAUCUACAUUUUCAUGAGCCAGGACUACAAGAUGUCAUGGAUGGAGAAUGCAUUUAGCAGAAAGACGAGUAACACAAGUACCCAGCUAAGAAGCAUAAAUCCUGAACAAGAGGUAGUCUAAACCAUUACCUUGGAGAUUUCUAUUGUAUCAUAAAAUAGUUAGGCUUAGGGUUAGAGUUAAAUUUAGGUUAGUGGGAUUAGGGUUAGGUUUAGAGUUAGGGUUAUGGUUAGGGUUAGGGUUAGUUAUCUUGAUAAUCUAACUUUUGUUUUCAAGCAGUAGUACUACAGAUGUCUACUGUACAGCAGGUAACAGGUUUGUUUUAUAGUUUGAAUCCAAAUACUUUGAAAGCCUUUGCAAAAUAUUUUCGGAUGGCUUUUAAUUUCUUUUCAUAAUGCUGUUUUGUGUUAUGAUAUCUUUAAACUGUGCAUGUUAUGGUUUAUCUGUAUUAAUACUUUUAAAAGAUGUUGUGUAGCACUGUGUGUUUUUUCCUCUGCAUUAGCAAUUUACUGUUCUAAGGGUCUAUUUUUGUAUCACAAAUUAAUUUUGCUGUGACCCAGAUUCUCAUAACACAGCCAAUCACUGAGGCUGAAGGGAGAGGAGUGUAGCUGGCAGUUUUGAGAGAUGCAGUGCUGAGUUGAGGUUAAAAGCUCUAUAACCACACAUGCAGAUGAGCCUGACACAUUUACAUAGUGGUAAAGAGGGGGAGGCAACACUGCCGGCUUUACAUGCACUAGUCAGCAGUGUGGAGUAGUGGUUAAGACUCUUGACUGGAGGGUCGUGGGUUCAAUCCCAGGCAGGGGACACUGCUGCUGUACCCUUGAGCAAGGUACUUUACCUAGAUUGCUCCAGUAAUAAACCAACUGUAUAAAUGGGUAAUUGUAUGUAAAAAUAAUGUGAUAUCACGACCUAUUUGCUAUACUUUUCAGGAAAUGGGGUGCCAUGUGUCUUUUUUUCCAGAUUUAACUUAAAUCUUGUAUUUUUUCCCCAGAUUUAUAAAUGUUGUGAAAAUAAAUAAAUAUUUUUUUUAAAUGUGUACAUUCAGAUAUAAUUUAACUAAAUAUUAAAUCUCUUAACAUGAUUUUAACAUUUAGCUAAAUAUUUAACAAAAUCUUAAAUCUCUUAACAAGAUUUAACAUUUAGUUAAAUAUUUAACAGGCUAGCUAAAUCUGGAGUUUGUAUGCAAAUGAGCUCCACCUGCUUUGUGCUUUCACGUGAUUUGAUUGGCUCUUGUAAUGCUGAUAUGCUUGUUAUCAUAAAGGUUAAAUGCUGUAUUGUCCUGGGUUCAUAUCAGUGACUGAUAGCAUGGAUAGCAUUUUCUUUUAUAUAUAUAUAUAUAUAUAAAUGUUUUUGUCUAUAUAUAAAAUAUAAUGAUUAACAUACAAAUGUGUUUGUGUCUUAUGUUACUUGCAUUUAAUUGCACUGCCACUAAUCAUAUUGAAUCUUCUAUUCAACAAUAUACUGAACUGGUGACUUGUUUUUUUUGCAAUAUGUUCUUGCACUGCACAUUAACCCAGCGGUGGCUGAGGUUAACAUAUUCAAAGAAUCCCAUCCUUCCUGUUGACCGUUAAGAGAAACAAGUACUUGUGUACUGAGGAUAUAUACAUGUCAACAUCUCUGAAAUCGUUCUAUCAUAUUUGUCUCCAGUGCUGGGUGCUUAUCCUGUAUUCUCACUGCAGUAUAUCUUUCCACAUUCGCUCAUUUACUGAAUGGAAUCUUACUUUGACUAUUUUCUUCCCAGCUGUAAAAAGUCUAUGGGUUGCAUGUUACUUGCCAGCAUCCUAGUAUUUUUAAAUACGGUUUGCAACCAUAAGGGGAUUAUAUAUAUAUAUAUAGUAAUAAAGGGCUGACACUGGGACUUUGUUAUGUGCGUCUAUGCUUGAGCUGUGUCUGUGGACUUUGCUGAACUGUGCUAUUGCAGUGCACUCUGCAAAUUGUGUGCAGGACUGAUUGCAUGACCCUGCAGCUGUGCUGUUUGCAUGCUCAGGAAUAGUUCUGUCUGCAGCCUUUGUCUGUUUGGGACUAUGCAUGCAGCUCUGCACCAGCAGUGACCCCUACCAUGCACGGGAAGCACGGCCCGGGAUUCAGGGGAUCGUUGGGCGCACCUGGCAGGAGCUAUGGGGGUGGAUGUGCGGACAGCCUCCUGAU